AUGCCUCAGAGUCGGGCAAGUUCAGGAACCUGUGAAGCCAAGAAUUCACGGCUGAUACAGUACAAGGAAAAAACCGAGGAGCUGCUAAAAGGAUUCGUGGCGUAUGAGAUCGAGCACAUCCCGCGAACUGAAAACACAGAAGCCGACAUCUUGUCAAAGAUAGCCUUGGAAGGAAUACCGGAUCACCUCCUAAGGAUCUGUCAAAAGGAAGAGCUGCAUCGACCAAGCAUUGAGGAACCGGGAAAGGAAAUCCAGCAGGUAAUGGUGCCGAAUUGGUACCGUACUGAUAACCCUGAGAUGUUCUGGAUCGAAGACAUUCUACAAUACAAGGAGAACGGGAAGCUGCCCGACGACCCAGCGGUCGCCGCUCGCGUCCGCAGAAAAGCCCCUUCCUUCGAAAUCAUCGACGGACGGUUAUACAAGAGGUCGUUCGGUGGACCCCUCCUCAAAUGUUUGCGGAAGCCCGAAGCGGAGAGGCUAAUGGAUGAAGCCCACCGGGGAAUAUGCGCCGCUCACCAAGGUGCCCACACUCUCGCCCGAAAGUUGGUCGUCCAAGGUUUUUACUGGCCCACCAUGAUGAGAGACUGCAUCGGCUGGAUAGCUAAGUGCCCUUUACCGCUCGCACUCGGACGCUUUAAGUUUUGUGUAGUGGCCAUCGACUACUUCACCAAAUGGGUGGAAACUGAGCCACUAGCCACCAUCACUGAGUAUCAAUGUCGAUAUUUUCUAUGGAAGAAGGCCCUUCAUGGAGUUUUUUCAGCGCAUAGCAUUCUGCACACCAAGGUGUCGGUCACCUAUCCUCAGGCCAAUGGACAGGUCGAAAACAUGAAUCGCACCAUUGCGGACGGUAUUCGCAAGAAACUGGAGGACGUAGGAGGAAAUUGGGCGGACAAAUUAGAUCGGGUAUUGUGGGCUUAUCGAAACACCCAGAGACGGGCCACUGGCGAGAGUCUAUUCUCGCUGGCUUAUGGUUUUGAAGCAAAAGUAACUGUAGAGGUCGUCGAGCCCACUUACAGAAUUAGCCACUACACAGAUGAAGGAAACGAGGAGAGCUUAAGGAUUGAGAAAAACUUUCUAGAAGAACGAAGGGAGACAGCACACGCCCGUAUAGUGGAGUAUCAGCAGGCCGUCAAACGGUAUCGUGAUAAGCGCAUCCGACCUCGGGCAUUCCAAGUAGGGGACCUUGUUCUACGUGAUCGACAGGCCAGCCGGCCCACCGAGGGAGGAAAGUUCACGGUCAAGUGGGAAGGACCUUACCGGAUAGCGGACGUGGUUCAAGCUGGCACUUACAAGCUGGAAACCUUGGACGGAGAGCUUGUCGAUCGGACUUGGAACGUACUCCACUUGAAGAAAUAUUACCAGUGA